AUGGAGCACGACGCGGACCGCGCUUGCCUGCAGAGCUUCGAGCUCCACGAGAGCGAGUCGGUAAGCCUACCAAUGCGUGCGUUGCGCGAGACUUUUUACGUUCUAGGAACUAAUUCUGACAGAACACUUUGGAGAUUACUCAAGAUCGAUAGAUCAGAGCCGUCAGAGCUUGUGAUAGAUGAGUGUUCUACUGUAUAUACUGAAAGUGAACAUCCUGACUUGUUGAAGGGUCUUGAUGAAGAGCACAGGUCAACUGGCGGAAUAAAAUUUGUUACAAAGUUCUAUGGCAUAAUUGGUUUUAUCAAAUUCCUUGGGCCAUAUUACAUGUUGAUUAUUACCGAGCAGAAAAGAAUUGGUGAAAUCUUUGGUCAUCCAGUGUACCAGGUGACUAGGACUUCAAUGGUUGAAUUAGCAAAUUCUAAGACAAGAUCUACUUUUCAAAACUCCAAGGAUGAGAACAGAUACAGGAAGAUCUUGAAUGCACUUGAUCUUAGGAAGGAUUUCUUUUUCAGUUACUCAUACCACAUUAUGAGAAGUCUUCAGAAGAACUUGACUGAUCCACAGGAUGGAUGGACCUUAUACGAGACAAUCUUUGUCUGGAAUGAGUAUCUUACACGACGGAUCCGUAAUUGUCUCAGAAAUACUUUGUGGACUGUCGCAUUAGUCCAUGGUUUCUUUAAGCAGGAUAAAUUCUCAAUAUCUGGCAAGGAUAUUAUGCUCACACUCAUUGCUAGACGAUCGAGACAUUAUGCUGGAACCAGAUAUCUAAAGAGGGGGGUGAAUGAGAAGGGAAGAGUAGCAAAUGACGUUGAGACUGAGCAAAUUGUCUAUGAAGCUGUGCCUGGACCUACUGAAGUAAGUUCUGUUGUGCAGAACAGGGGUUCAAUUCCACUAUUCUGGUCACAGGAGACAUCAAAAUUGAAUCUUAAACCUAAUAUAAUAUUGCAUGAGAUGCAGAAUAAUUAUGAAGCUACCAAGCUUCAUUUUGAAAAUCUUAGAGCAAGAUAUGGAAACCCUAUCAUUAUCUUAAACUUGAUUAAGACACGUGAGAGGCGAGAGUCUAUACUUCGCCGAGAAUUUGAUAAGGCGAUCAAGAUAAUAAACAAGAGCCUGUCAGAAGAGAAUCAUCUGAGGUUCUUACAUUGGGAUCUUCAUCAAAACUCUCAAGGAAAACCUACAAAUGUACUCGAUGUCCUUCUGAAAGUGGCAUUUCGGGCUCUGAAUUUGACCGAGUUCUUCUAUUGUCAAGUUGCACCAAGUUCUGAGACUUCCACACAAUGGCCCACCCUAUUGAAUGGUCUUGAUCCAUAUUUAUGUGAUGACAACAAUAGUGACGACACUGAAUGCACUGAGAUUGUUGGUGAUGUAUCCCAAGAGGAUAUCUCUGGCAGCUCUGAUUCCUCUGGUAAUGCAACCGCAGAAGACAAAUUUGAGAAUAGUGGACUGCCACCGCCAAAACCACCAAAAUUCCAAAAAGGUGUCUUACGGACAAACUGUAUAGAUUGCCUGGAUCGUACAAAUGUUGCUCAGUAUGCAUAUGGUUUAGCUGCUCUUGGACAUCAACUGCAUGCGCUUGGUUCUGUAGAAUCUCCUGAACUAGGUUUAGAAGCUCCCUUGGCCCAUCAUUUGAUGCACUUUUAUGAGAGGAUGGGUGACACACUUGCUGUACAGUAUAGCGGUUCUGCUGCUCAUAACAAGGUAUUCUCUGCAAAGAGAGGUCACUUGAAGCUUUUUAUUCAGUCACAAGAGUUCUUUAGGACACUUCAGCGGCACUACAGCAACACCUGUAUAGAUGCUAACAAACAGGCUGCUAUAAACUUGUUUUUGGGAUACUUCCAGCCACAGCAGGGAAAACCUGCACUAUGGGAAUUAGAAUCAUCUUCUGGGGAGCAUAACAAUGAUCUUUUUGAUGACCAGCCAAGUACAUUGAAAAGAGUAAAAUCAGAUGGCACCAUUCUUCAUGAAAGCAAUGCUUCUAUAUCUGGCUCUGGUCAUUGCCAUAAUGAACCGUUGAGUGCAUCGCAGCCUGAUGUCCAGAAUGGAUUUCAAUUCCCAACUUCAGAAACUGAUUCACUUCAUGAACAUGAAAUUUCGUCAGCCUGUGGAAGUGGGGUAUCACACCUAAGGUAUACUCCCACAGCCUCUGAUGUGCUUCAUGUCCCAAGAGCUGAAGUUGAAUAUUACCAUGAUUCUGGUGAUUCAAACUUUCUGGAUCUUGAAUGGCUUUCCACUUCAGGCAACUCAAGUGAUGAAAGGUCUAUUGCAACUAGCACGCCAGAUGUGAACCUAUCAACUGAGAAUGUCAUUAGUGGCAUAGCUCCUGACAUCAUGGAAAACCAUCUUGCUGAAAUGCAGUCUCAGAAGCUACCUCGGAAUUUUGUGCAGUGGGUUAAUGACAGUGAUACCUUUUGGUAUUAA